AUUCGAAAAAAAAGUUGGUCGAGUUGGACGCGUAUCUCUUUGUAACGGAUCUCGGAACGCCGUGGGAGUCGGAAAGUCGGAAAAUCGCUAGACGCGUGUUCGCUGCGUUGGUGUGCGUGCGUGCGUUUGCCAGUGUGCGUGUGUGUGGUGUGCGAGCGGUGAGCGAAUAAAUAAGUAAAUAAAUCGCCAAGUCGGGCCUGCGAAAUGUGUGAGCUAAUUAAAUAAAAUGCCCCCGUUUCUGGCCAAUUGAGAAUUGUGGCUAAACAGCAAAUUCGACGGGAGUUCAAAAAAGCACAAUCCAGUGAAUAAACACAGAAAAUCUUAAAAAAAGGUUAAUUUUUUAUUUUCGCUUUUAAUUUGUUAACGAAAAAAUAUUGGAUUGAAAUAAAAAAUAAAAAAGUGUACGUGACAAGAGCCCAAAAAAAAGUGGAAAAAAUAGCGAAAAUAAUUCGUGCGUGCGAAAAAGUGCUGCGAAGUUUUAUGGCCCAUGCAAAAAGUGCUAAAUUUGUAAAUGGCAUGGCAAGUGCAGAGCUCUGAUUAAAAAGCCGCGCAGAUUGGAGCGCAAGGUGCCCAAAAACGCAACCAACUACUGCCAAAAGGAAAUUAUUACUACAGUUAUUAAAGCCAAACAACGACCCCAGAAAACAACCAAGCAAACAUCUAUUUGUGCUAAUUCGGUUCUAUCGAACACCAUCCACGUUGGAUCCCCAUCGCAUAUAGUAUAAUGUCAUCAAAAUGUAUUUUCAACAUUGUAUUCGUAUCGAUCAUUUUCAUCAUCAUCGUAAAUGGUUACGCAAAAGAUAUUUCUGGAGUUAAAAGAGGUCAUGAACGACUUAACGAAUACAUAUCCCACUACGAAACACUCAACUAUGAUCACGAGCACAUCCGAGCUAGUCACAAUAGAGCGCGACGAUCAGUGACCAAAGAUCAUUAUGUACAUUUAAAGUUUGCAUCACAUGGAAGAGACUUCCAUCUUAGAUUAAAACGUGAUUUAAAUACAUUUAGCAAUAAGUUAGAGAUUUAUGAUAGCAAAGGUCCCAUUGAUGUCUCCACGGAUCAUAUCUAUGAGGGCGAAGUGAUAGGGGAUCGUAAUAGUUAUGUGUUUGGUUCCAUACACAAUGGGGUAUUCGAGGGUAAAAUUAUAACGGAACGUGAUGCCUAUUAUGUUGAACAUGCCAAACAUUAUUUCCCCACAAAUCGCACGGCGAAAACACCACCAACAGCGACGACGACGACAGCUUCGUCGGCUCCGAGGAGCAACAUCAGCACCGUAAAAAAUACACAACCCACACGGCCUUUGCCCCGAAAUAACAACAAUAGCAACAACAACAGAACUGCCGUUGAUAGUAAGACAGAAAACUUCAUAAAGAAAAUUGCUGAAUCCACAGCGACGACCCAGCAGCUCCCAGAGAAUUCCGAUUCGUCGUCGUCGUCGCCGCCGCCGUCGACAACAACAUUCCCACCCACAACGGAGAAUUCCGAGGACGCGAGGGAGCACAAUGCCGAGGACGAACUUGAUUUUCACUCCAUUAUCUACAAGGAGUCACAUGUCGAGGACGCCUACGAAAAUGUGCGCGAAGGUCACGUGGCCGGCUGUGGCAUCACGGAUGAGGUCUCCGAGUGGAUGGAGAACAUACAAAAUUCAGCCGUCGAAGAGCUGCCGGAGCCCAUGUCAAAGGACUACCAAAAGCUCCACCGGAAGCAGCUGCACAAAAAGUCCGCCCCACAGCAGCAGCAGCAGCAACAGCAGCACCAUCCGCAGCCCCAUCCGCAGCCCCAUCCGCCCAAGAAGUACAUCAGUGGCGAUGAGGAUUUCAAGUACCCCCAUCAGAAGUACACGAAAGAGGCGAACUUCGCCGAGGGCGCGUUCUACGAUCCUGCCACCGGACGUCGCCUGGGCUCAUCCGCCAACGUGGCCGACUGGCAUCAGCUCGUCCACGAGCGCGUCCGUCGAGCCUCCGACAAUGGAGGUGGGUCAGGGGGCUCAUCCGGCGGAGCUGGACGCGGUCGCGAGGACAACAAGAAUACCUGCUCGCUCUACAUUCAAACGGACCCACUGAUUUGGCGCCAUAUACGCGAGGGCAUUGCUGACCAUGAUCGCGGGCGCAAGUACGAGGUGGACGAGAAAACGCGCGAGGAAAUCACAUCGCUGAUUGCACAUCACGUGACGGCCGUUAAUUACAUUUACCGCAACACAAAGUUCGACGGACGCACCGAGCAUCGCAACAUACGCUUUGAGGUGCAACGCAUUAAGAUCGAUGACGAUUCCGCCUGUCGCAAUUCCUACAAUGGACCACACAAUGCCUUUUGCAAUGAGCAUAUGGAUGUCUCGAACUUUUUGAAUCUCCACUCCCUGGAAGAUCACUCGGACUUUUGCUUGGCCUAUGUAUUUACCUACAGAGAUUUCACUGGCGGUACCUUGGGCCUGGCCUGGGUGGCGAGUGCGUCGGGAGCCUCUGGCGGCAUUUGCGAGAAAUACAAGACUUAUACCGAAACUGUGGGCGGACAAUAUCAGAGCACCAAGCGAUCCCUUAACACGGGCAUCAUCACCUUCGUUAACUACAACAACAGAGUACCACCGAAGGUGUCGCAGCUAACCCUGGCCCACGAAAUAGGUCAUAAUUUUGGAUCACCUCACGAUUAUCCGCAGGAGUGUCGCCCCGGCGGCCUCAAUGGCAAUUAUAUAAUGUUUGCCAGUGCCACCUCCGGUGAUAGUCCAAACAACUCGAAGUUCUCACCCUGCUCCAUCAGGAACAUCUCGAACGUUCUCGAUGUGCUGGUGGGCAACUCGAAGCGGGACUGCUUCAAGGCCUCGGAGGGAGCCUUCUGCGGCAACAAGAUCGUGGAGUCCGGCGAGGAGUGCGACUGCGGCUUCAAUGAGGACGAGUGCAAGGACAAGUGUUGCUAUCCGCGUCUGAUCAGCGAGUACGACCAGUCGCUGAACUCCAGUGCCAAAGGCUGUACCCGCCGUGCCAAGACGCAGUGCUCGCCCUCGCAGGGUCCUUGCUGCCUGUCCAACUCCUGCACCUUUGUGCCCACUAGCUACCACCAGAAGUGCAAGGAGGAGACGGAGUGCAGCUGGUCGAGCACCUGCAACGGAACGACCGCCGAGUGUCCGGAGCCACGUCAUCGGGAUGACAAGACCAUGUGUAACAAUGGAACCGCACUGUGCAUACGCGGUGAAUGCAGUGGUUCGCCAUGUCUGCUUUGGAACAUGACCAAGUGUUUCCUCACCUCGACCACACUGCCGCAUGUGAAUAAGCGCAAGCUGUGCGACUUGGCCUGUCAGGAUGGCAAUGACACCUCCACUUGUCGCAGCACCAGCGAGUUUGCGGAUAAAUAUAAUAUCCAAAAGGGUGGCAUUAGUCUGCAGCCAGGUUCGCCCUGCGACAACUUCCAGGGCUACUGCGAUGUGUUCCUCAAGUGUAGAGCUGUGGACGCCGAUGGGCCACUGGUGCGGCUGAAGAAUUUGCUGCUCAAUCGGAAGACCUUGCAGACGGUGGCCGAGUGGAUCGUGGAUAACUGGUAUCUGGUGGUUCUCAUGGGGGUGGCCUUCAUCGUGGUCAUGGGAUCGUUUAUCAAAUGCUGCGCCGUUCACACACCCAGUUCCAAUCCAAAGAAACGGCGAGCUCGUCGCAUCAGCGAAACUUUGAGAGCUCCCAUGAAUACGUUGCGACGAAUGCAACGUCAUCCCAAUCAGCGAGGAGCAGGUCCUCGAAGCAUACCUCCGCCAGCCCAUGAGGCGCAGCACUAUUCCCGCAGCAGCGGCGGUGGAGGAGGAGGAGGAGGAGGAGGAGGAGGUCGACACGGUGGGUCCCGAUCGCAUCACCAGUCGCAUCCGCAUGACUGGGAUCGGCAUCAGGGAGGGCACUCCAUCGUUCCACUGCCCACCGGCGGCAGCCAUUCGAGUCGCAACUCGGCGGCGAAUCAGGCGAGAAGGAGCGAUGGACGAGGCCCUCGAUCCACCAGCAGUGGGCGACCACAGGCGACGGCGGGCGGAAGUGGAGCCAACAGCGGAGCGUCGCGAUCGCAUGGCGGGUAUGGAGCCGAGCAGGCGAUACCGGGUUCCAUUGGUGGUGGUGUCCAGGCGGCCAUUAGCAGCGGCGGUGUGGUGGCCAGGGCCCAGCUGCCGCUGCCAUUGCCGCCGCCAAAUGUACAGCAGCAAUUGCAACAGCAUCAACAACAACAACAACUACAGCUUCAGCAACCGGCAAUUUCGCCUCAGCAACAACCGCAACAAGCGUUCUACACGCCUAAAGGCGUCGCGCCGCCACCGCUACAAGUAAGCUAUAGUCGGCCGACAUCGUUGCACGAGCAACAGCAGCAGCAACAUCAUCUGCAGCAACAGCAACAUCAGCUGCAACAGCAAUUGGAGCCGCAGCAGCACGCCUAUGCCGAUGCCUAUGCGGCCUUGGGGCGGGGCCAAUAUGAAUCCACCACCCGGGCGCCCAACAAUAGCAAGGUUUGACAGCCAAAAGGUGCAACGGAGCGCCAUAAAAGGCCAAAGGCAAAGCGAAUCAAGCAGCAGCAACAGCGCCAACAACAACCACAUCAAACAACACAGCCCAAACAGCAACAAAAGCAAAAACAACAUAAAUCAAAUGAACUCAAAUUAAAUGUAAAUGUAAUUUUUAUGCUAAUUAUUUUUAUUUAAACAAUGUUUGUAUGCCACAAGGAAAAACCGCCAGAAAGAAAAAACUACAAAAAAAUGAGACAAAUUUCGUAAUACAGAAAAAGCUGAAAGUGAAUGAUAUUUUUGAUUAAAUAAUUGAAAUGAAAAAUACGAAUGCAAAUUAUGAUUAAUAUAAAUAAUUAAAAACGGCAACAUGCAUAAUACAUAUAACAGCGAGAGGUAAAAAUAUACAUUUGUAUGUGUAUAUUUAUUAUGCAUACUCCAAUAUUAAAUAGCAGCAGCCACAACAAACAAAUAUUAUACAUGAAAUGAAAAACUAAGGUUUAAUUGUAUGAGAAAAACAUUCUAUGUGUCGGUGAGAUUUCUAAGCGCUAGGCAUGAAUACGAAAUUAAUUACGCACUCAAGUCACGAAAAUGAGUUUUGUACAAAAAAAUUAAAUAAAUAAAAACAGUGCGAGUUAAUUAAGCUUCAUCAACAAGAAGAACGGAAACAACAAAGCAUUUAAAUUGUAUUUAUCUGUACCGAAGGCUAAAUGUUUAUUUAAAGCCGUCAAAAUUGCAUUUGUAAAAACUAGCAAACAACCAUGAAAACCAAAAAGUAUAAAAACCAUAAAUAUUAAAUGAAAAUGCGAGACUAAAUAAUAAUGGUGGAAACAAUCCAAUCUUUUUAAUUUGUUGCUAAACGCAUUUUUCUGUACGACUUUCGAAAACCGCUUUGAUUGUUUUCCGUAUACACUUUCCUUGUGCAGAAAGAAGGGCAAACGAAGUAACUAAUUUUUAUAUUUCAUGUAUUUUUACUAUCUUAGGUACAAUUUUCUAUUGUCAAUUUUUAUUAGUAUUAGGUUUAAAGCUUUACGUUUUAGCAAUCUGGUAGCAAGACCACCACUGAUUAUGUUUAAUGUUAUCUAUCAUGUACGUGUAUAUCUGCCAACAUUGAAAUUUUAUUUUAUGUACGUAUCUGAUAGUGCGUAAGUCAUGCAAAUACGAGUAUGCGUUUGCUUGUAAUUUACUUUGUUGUAGUCUCAUAGGUUACUAGUUUAUGUUUUUUGUUUUUGUCUGCGUGUUUCGAAUUUGCAUGCUCAAAGAUGAAUCGUGCAACUCACGGAGUCCCGACUGAUGCACUGCUCCAAGAAAAGACAUUAAUAGGAUGGAAGCUACUUGAUUAUUUCGUUGGAAUCCUUGUGUUCAACUCCUGAUAUCCAAAUUUUGAAUAGUUUACCAUAGAGUCUUCUCAGCUUGGUUUUAAAAUUAUGUCGUUUCUGUGCUUCUCAGACCGAGUAAUGUGCUGAUUAAUGUGUUUUAAUCCCGUGUUCUGUGGUAGCUUUACUUCGAUAUUCUGCAACUCUCUUCGUAAAAGAACAUCUUCAAACUCUUGUAAAUAAACUUUAUAAAAUAUAUAUAAAUAUAAAUACUAAAUUACACUGUAAGGAAUAAAUUAAAAUUGAAUUGCAUAUACAGAAAAGGCAAAAUAAGUUUACAAAAUAAUUAAAUUACAUAAAUUGAUAUAUGAAGUAUGUAUUCAAUUCAAAUUGAAAAGUGAAAAAUGCAAAGAAACGAAACGAAACAUAACUCAAAGCGAACAAAGCAAAACUAUGCUUUCGUUUUUUCUCAAACAACAUAGCAAACAAAGAACAAAAACAAAAAACAUUUAACUAUUAAUUUAAUUAAAAUAAAUAAAGAAUUAAUUAAUUGACUUUAAGUAAACUAAUUAAUUAUGAUUAUGAAAAAAAUGUCUUAAAAAAGAAUGAAUGAAUAUGAAAAAAGGAUAAUAAAAACAAGAAAACCUACUAUUUUAUAAAAUAAA